AUCUGCCCCGUCGCCUGCCGCUUUUGCUUUUGCCGGCGUAACGACAGCUUCUGGUUCAACCAAAAACCCUGCCACUGCAUAAACCCUAGAGGAACCUCUCUAAAAUCGUUCUCUCGGCGAAUCAAUGGCCAAGUUAUCCAGCCUUAGCUCCGGCAACAACGACAAGAAGAACCAGAAGAAGAAGAAGAAGAAGAGUUCUGGUCCGAAAGCCUUGGCGAUGAAGGUCAGUGCUCCGAAGCCGAAUCCUUUUGAGAGCAUUUGGUCUCGUCGGAAAUUUGACGUUCUUGGGAAGAAACGUAAGGGAGAAGAGCGUCGUAUUGGCCUUGCUCGUUCACACGCCAUUGAGAAGAGGAAGAAGACGCUAUUGAAGGAGUACGAGCAGAGUGGCAAGGCUACAAAAUUUACCGAUAAGCGAAUUGGGGAGCAGGACGAAGAGCUUGGGGAGUUUGAUAAGGGUAUUUUGCGUUCGCAGCGUGAACGGAAGCUAAAACUGAACAAGAGUAGCAAAUAUAACUUAUCUGAUGGAGAAGAAGAUGAUUAUUUUGGAAGUCAAAGUCUUGGUGCGUUAACUGCAAGUGAUGAUUUUGAGGAUGAAGUAAUGCCGGAUGACGACGACGCGGCAGCUGCUGAAACAAGGAAAGUUCCUUUUCAUGAUGCACAGUAUCAGCAAAAAGGUGGUUUAUUAGAAGGAGAGGAAACUAAGCGCAAAAGCAAGAAGGAAGUGAUGGAUGAGAUUAUUGCAAAGAGCAAAUUUUUCAAGGCACAAAAAGCAAAGGAUAAGGAAGAAAAUGAACAACUAAUUGAAGAAUUGGACAAGAAGUUUGAAUCAUUGGUCCAGUCUGAGGCAUUGCUAUCACUCACUGGAUCUAGUAAUCCAAAUGCCUUGAAGACUCUUGUUCAAAAGAGUAUUACGAAUGAGAACCCAAAGAAGGAUAAUUUGCCUGCUGCUGCAAAAACUGGAAAUUUUAAUCAGGAAAAACCUGAUGCUUUUGACAAGCUUGUUAAAGAGAUGGCAAUGGAAAUACGUGCACGCCCCUCUGAUAGGACAAAGACACCUGAAGAAAUUGCCCAGGAGGAGCGAGAUCGGCUUGAGCAAUUAGAGGAGGAAAGACAGAAACGGAUGCUUGCGUCAGAUGGUAACUCUAGUGACGAAGAAGAUGAAGAUGCUGAAAAUGCAUCUGUACAAAAGCGAAAAUUUAUCUCUGGGGAUGAUCUUGGCGAUUCAUUCACACUUGAUGAUGAGCGCAGUCAUAAGAAGGGUUGGGUUGACGAGAUUCUUGAAAGAAAGGAUGCUGAUGGCACUGAAAGUGAAGAUGAUGAUUCUGCAGAUGAUUCAGACAGUAGUCAUGAUGAUAGGGAUGAGGAUUCUGAUGAUGAGUCUGAGGAAGAUGAUAGCAUUCAUGGAAUGAAACAUUCUUUAAAGGAUUGGGAACAGAGUGAUGAUGACAUUCUUGACACUAAUUUAGAAGAUGAUGAUGAAUCAAGUGGAGGAGAAAAAGAACCGGAUGAGGACCACCCUAAAGAGGAAGAGGUUGAUCAUGAAGGCCCUCAAAAGGCAUUCAAAAAUGCUGCUGCUAAAAGUAGUAAAAGUACUGGACACUCUGAAGAAGCUAAGAAAUUAGAAAAGGAUACAAAGCGUAAAAGUAAAGAAGAAAUUCCUUAUAUAAUUGAAGCUCCAGAGAGCUUUGACCAAUUUUCGUCAUUAUUGGCUGAUUGUUCAAAUAGUGACAUAAUCUUGAUCGUUGGUCGAAUUCGGGCUAGUAACGCUAUCCAGUUAAAAGAAAAAAAUCUGGAAAAAAUGCAGAGAUUCUAUGGCAUACUUUUGCAAUAUUUUGCUGUAUUAGCAAAUAAGAAGCCAUUAAACGUGGAGCUACUAAGUUUGCUUUUCAAGCCAUUGAUGGAAAUGAGUAUGGAGAUUCCUUUCUACGCUGCAACGUGUGCUAGGAUGAGGAUAUCCCACACUCAUCAACAAUUUUGUGUUCAUAAUAAGAAUCCAGAGAAUAGCUCGUGGCCUUCUUCAAAAACUCUGAUCCUCUUGAGGUUGUGGUCAAUGAUAUUUCCUUGCUCUGACUACCAUCAUGUAGUCAUUACGCCAGCAAUAUUGUUGAUGUGUGAAUAUUUGAUGCGUUGCCCCAUUGUAACGGGACGAGAUAUUGCAGUUGGCUCUUUCUUGUGUUCUCUGCUUCUCUAUGUCGCCAGACAAUCUUUGAAGUUCUGUCCUGAAGCAAUAAACUUUCUCCGAACUCUGUUGGUCGUAGCUGGUGGUAGAAGGUCAUUAUCCUCUCAAAAUCCGCAGAUUUGUCAUCUAGUGGAUUUACAAGCUCUUGGACCGUUGCUGCAUAUACAGAAUCCUAUAAACGAGAUUACUCCCCUGAACUUCUUCUUUAUUAUGGACUUGACCGAAGAUUCUUCUUUUUUUAGCUCCGACAAUUUCAGGGCUGGGUUGCUGUUGACAGUUAUUGGAACUCUCGAAGGAUUUGUUAAUGUAUAUGGUCGAUUGAAUUCCUUCCCCGAAAUCUUCUCGCCAAUUUUGACAAUUUUACAUGAACUGGCACAACAGGAGAGCAUGCCAGCUGUAUUACAGGAUAAAUUCAGAAAUGUCGCUAAAGUCAUUGAAGCCAAAACGGAGGAGCAUUAUAAUGGGCGGCAACCUCUUAGAAUGAGGAAGCAAAAGGCUGUGCCAAUCAAACUACUUAAUCCAAAAUUUGAGGAGAACUUUGUUAAGGGCAGAGACUAUGAUCCAGAUCGAGAACGAUCUGAAAGAAGAAAGCUGCAUAAACUUAUUAAACGUGAAGCUAAAGGGGCGGCCCGUGAACUACGCAAGGAUAACCAUUUCUUGUUUGAGGUGAAGGCCAGAGAUAAGGCACUGCAGGAAGAAGAAAGAGCGGAAAAAUACGGAAGGGCAAGAGCUUUCCUUCAAGAACAAGAGCACGCCUUCAAAUCUGGGCAGUUGGGAGGAAAAGGAAGGAAGAGAAGGAAAUGAAACUUGUGAAUCCAAUCCUUGUUGCCUGACUUGUGUUUCAUGGUCACGUAGAGUGACAAAGAAUGCACAUCAUCUGCAAUACUCAACUCUGCGAAGAAAGCGGCCACCAUAGAAUCAAUCGAAUCCAUUCGCAUCCCUGGCCAUAUAACUACAUGGAAUCAAUCAAAAUCUUGGUAAGAGCUAAUAUUUAUAUUUAUAGUAUUCAUUUCUCAUCCAUUUCACUGAUUAGCUUCAUAAGUAUGAAGCCUCUCUCUGAUUUUGAUUAGUUUCUUUAUGUAUACUUAUGGAAUACAGUUUAUUAGGAUAGGUCUUAGAUGAAUGUAAGGGAACCAAAAAGUAGGGAUAUCCUUUGCGAAAAAAAAAAAGAAAAAAAAAACAGGGAUAUGGCCAUAUGAGAAUGAUUUAUGAAGAUUAAUUCCAUUGAAAUCAA